UCUGUUCCUGCAGUCAUUUUUGGUGCCCCUUUGAACAUUCUGGAUGGUCUCUCCUAUGGAAUGAUAAUGUUUCAUGCUUCCGGUGUUUUCACUAGCUUGGGUGGCAUGGGCGUAUCGCUAUUUUCGUUUCAAUAUGGGCACCAAAGUUAGACGCGACGUCCGUUGGAAAGCCUAAAAAAACCUGCAGACCUAUAAGAGAGGGCAUAUCACAUUGCUAGAAGAUAACUAUGGCAAAAAAUCCAGACUAUGGCUUCCAAUCCCGGACCGGUACUAUUGCACGUCCUUUUUUUUUUUGAAAAUGCCGCUGUGCCAAGGCUCGGAUAGGCAAUCUCGUAGCCUCAUAUGGAGAAACCUCUGAACAGACAGCCAAUACGUCAUUUGACAUCACCGAGGCGAAGCCAACCACGUCUGGCACCUACAGUACCCCGACCCCAACUGACUUGCUCAGUAACUUCGAUGGAGGAGUACGAUUCGGAAGACGGCGAUGUUCGCGUCGCACCACUGAAACAUUUCAAGUCUGCCGCGCUGCCCCCCCUAUGUGAGCAAGUUCACAUUGUUGACAUCAACGUCGCACUGCGGCGACAUACCAGAGUUUGGUCUCGACGCCUAGGACGGUGGAGUUCGUUCGAUAUAAACCCGAAGGAUUUGCGUAAUCCUGCAGAAGAGGUUCUCAAAGUCCUUUCAGACAUUUUUGGCGCAGUGAUACAAGAGGCCGAGAAAACCGCCGGCAAGGCAAAGCUCAGGUUUGGAUUACGGCCUAAGACAAUCCGUGGACCCGAGCGAAUCGAAACUUCUUUUCCCGACGCACGCCUGGCAGUGGAUUCAUGGCACGACAUCGCAGUCUCAUUUGGGUUGAAACAGGACGCCGGCGUGUCAGACGACUGCAAAGAUGAUGAAGAGAAGGUAAUUUCUGCCCUUCAUCACAUUAUGCAUGGCGAUCCUUGUCGGCGUGCCACAUUUGGAGUUACCAUCGAUAACACACAAAUGAGGUUUUGGUUCACUUGCAGGGCAGUCGCCCUCAUGAGCGAGCCAUUCAAUUUCAUGACAGAGCCGGAACACCUCAUCUACUUCUUCUGCUCCCUGGCAUUCGCGAGGGAUCACGAGCUCGGAUGGGAUCCAACCAUAAAGAGGUAUGACAUUUCCGUACAAUCAGAGGACGGAGAAACGUUGGUAUACCGGACCACGAGAGUCAUUUCCGAUUUCGGUGCUGGAGACUUGACAGGUCAAGGGAUGCUAGAGUCUGACCAGGCCCGCGAAGAUAAAAUCCUGGAACAAAUAUUUGCUGACUUGGGGGAAAAAGUGGACGAGGCUAGGAAAUAUUUUCUCACUGUCCGUGACGCAGCGGACGUGAUUGUGGACGGAAAGAUAGAUGACACCGUCAAUCUUCUAUGCAGGCUACCUGUUGGUGAAGAACCUGCAAUUGGUGCUGCAGACUGA